AUGCAGUCAAUACGAAGCCGCGCCCUGGCGAGGUCUAUCGCUCAGUCUAGAUCUCUUACUCGUCCUCAACUCUCAAGGCAACUCGCGCGACGCACUCUCGCUACAGAGUCUCCAGCUACCGCCUCUUCAGCCUCCUCGACUCCCCCACCUCCGCCUCGUCAGUCAAAAUGGAGCAGAUUCCUCACAAUUCUUGGGCGCACAACCCUUAUCACUCUGUUUGCUGGCGCCGGAGGGUUCUACUACGUCACUCAACUGGACCGCAAUCCAGGAACACAACUACCAUUUGACCCGGAAAAGAAGACGCUGGUCGUGCUCGGCAGUGGCUGGGGAACAACGAGCUUGCUGAAAACACUGGACACCACGGACUACAACGUCGUUGUCAUCAGCCCGAAGAACUUUUUCCUUUUCACCCCGCUUUUGCCCAGCGUCGCCGUCGGAACUUUGGCUCCCCGUUCGAUUAUCCAACCAACACGGUAUAUCACGAGACACAAGGCGCGCCAGGUUUCCGUCAUUGAAGCUGAAGCCACGGAUGUCGAUCCUAUUAAUAAAACUGUCACCUUUGUUGACAACUCGGAUAUCAAGGGCGCAGUGUCAGCAACCACAAUCUCAUAUGAUUAUCUCGUAUACGGUGUUGGGGCCGAGGUCCAAACCUUCAACAUUCCUGGUGUUCAGAAGCAUGCUUGUUUCAUGAAAGAGUUGGGUGAUGCGGAACGGAUGCAACGCGAAUUCAUGGACUGUGUUGAAACAGCCGCAUUCCCAGGACAAGAUUCCAAAGAAGUCGACCGCUUGCUGCAUAUGGUUGUCGUGGGCGGCGGGCCAACUGGUGUUGAACUGAGCGGUGAACUUCACGAUUUCCUUGAAGAUGAUCUGAAGUCAUGGUACCCCGAACUCGCUGGCAAAAUCCGCAUCACCCUCGUCGAGGCCCUUCCUUCUGUGCUUCCCAUGUUCAGCAAACAAUUGAUCAACUACACCGAGUCCCAGUUCAAGGAGAGCAAGAUCGAGAUCCUCACCAAGACAAUGGUUAAGGAGGUCAAGGAAAAGAGCGUCGUCUUGCAGAUGCCCGACAAGAGUAUUGUCGAAGUUCCUUGUGGGUUGGUCGUCUGGGCUGCAGGUAACAAGGGCAGGAAAAUCACUCAGGACCUGAUGGCCAAACUUCCCGAGGACCAGACCAACAGGAGGGGUAUCACUGUCGAUGAUUAUAUGCAAAUGAAGGGUGCCAACGGAAUCUUUGCCAUCGGUGACUGCACUGCUACGUCAUAUGCUCCUACCGCCCAGGUCGCCUCUCAACAAGGUGCCUAUCUCGCCCGCGUCCUACACCAAAUAGCCAGGCGUGAUGCCCUCCAAGCACGUCUGGACGCACUCGAAAAGGCAGAAGCCCAUCUGCCACCAGCCGUCUCCACAGACUCUACGGAAGCGAUCGCCGCUGCUGCUGACGACGCCAAGAAGAUUGAGGCAGAGAAGGAGGAGUUGAAGAGGCAAUUAGCCAAAUUCAAGCCCAGACCUUUCCACUACUCACACCAGGGAACCCUGGCAUACAUUGGUUCUGACAAGGCCAUCGCGGACCUGCCCUUCAUGAACGGCAAUAUUGCCAGCGGCGGUGUUGCUACGUUCCUCUUCUGGAGAAGUGCGUACUUGAGUACCCUUUUCUCCCUGCGCAAUCGCACUUUGGUGGCCACCGAUUGGAUCAAGGUUAAACUCUUUGGACGUGAUGUCAGCAGAGAGUAA